ACCUGCAAAAAAAUCUAUUUAUCAAGAUCAGUGGAAAGAAUGGUAAGAAUGAUUAGUUUAGGAUACCCAAUCAUAAUAUCUUUAUCUAUCCUCUCCCAAGGCUUCCUAUUUUCAGUUUCAAAGUCUAUCCGAAAGGCAGAGAACGAUGAAAUGCUGCUUGAUACGAUCACCUUGAGGAAGGCAUUCCAUAACGGAGACACAUCUGAAAAAUCAAUGGGUAUGCCGAAGGACAAUUACAAGAUUGACGGCAACAACAUCCUAAACGAAGAGGAAGAAAGAAGCCUAAAGAGUAUAGGGACUGAAAACAGUUUCUUUAGCCAUGAUGGACUUCCACUGAAUGUUGGAAUGAAACAUAUGCCAUACUUGGCACUUAAAAACUCAGCACUUCGUCCAGAAAGUGACGAUCAGAACAUCGAGUUAAUACAGGAAAGAAGAGAUAUUGGGGAAGAAGAAAACACUGCAAAAUUUCCUAUAGGACGGAGAGAUUUUGAUAUGCUACGAUGCAUGCUUGGCAGAGUUUAUCGACCAUGCUGGCAGAUAUGAUGUCCAAACAAGUUUUUCCUGGACAAAGUGUUUAUCACAUUUCAUUAAAUUACCAUGUAUAACUUUAAAUGAAAUUAAAACAAAAAUAAAGCCAAUCUUCACUUUGUAAUUUUAUUAAUGUAAAUAAAAACAUCUGUGCAAGACGAACUUGUAUUGAGGUCAUUGACAAUAACUUGAAAUGGAAUCAUAAUGGAAAAAAUAAAUAAAAUAAAUAAAA